GCAAAAAUCUACAAGAUCCAUCUUUAAAAGACUUCCAACACACCAAUGGUUAACAACCUGAUUGAAUGAAGAUCAACAGAAAAGAAACCAACAAAGCCAAAAAGUUGGAUAAAUAAAGUUGAUCAAUUGGAAAUCCGAGUUGUCCUGGUGUCCUUUACGGAGUCAAUAAGUGGAACUUGACAGUUGUUAACCACGGACCAGCCCUGGACAGUGAAGAUCAAAGGCCUCAAGACCCAGGGGAGCUGUGGACGCCGGAGAAAACGGGAUAAAGAUGGCCGAAGAGGUAUUGGGGAAGACUGCCGUGAUCCUCAAGCAGGAGAGGACGACAGCCAAGAGGAACCUGACCAGAGUGGCCAACCUGAUCUCCAGAGGAGCAGGCACCAUGCUGCAAUCCGAACUAAAAGAGGAGUUUGCCAAGUUUGCCGACCGUUUCACAUCACUGCUGGAUGCCAACGAGGACUUCAAGAUUGGCCUGGAGGCUGACGUCAAGAAGGAUGACCCAGAUGGGGAGCUCGAGAAACAGCAGGAGGAUGACAUCCGAGCAACUAUAAAAGAUGCCGAAGAUAAGAUGGCAGAAAUCGAGGACAUUGUCCAGACCAACCUGUGGGGAAGAUACGGGAAGACUGAGCUGAAGGCAGCGAUUUCCGAGGCAGAGGACGCCAUUCAAAGGGCUGAAAAUGUAGCAGUUGAAAGCAACAACGUGGAAGGCUAUGACGUUUACCUCACCCUGCUGAAUGAGACGGUGAGUGUUACCAUCCAUACCAUGGCCCAUUGGGAGAAAUGGAUCCCUCAGCACUUAAAGGACGAGAUGGAUGACAAACUAACACAAGUGAAAGCAGCUCACUACAGGCUCAAGUUGAGGAAAGCUGAAUUCGCCACAUCCAGGAGGCUGGCUGAUCAAGGUGCAGGAGGACGACCUGGCCAACCAACACAUCCCAUUGUGAGGAUAAAGCCUACAUCCCUACCAGUCUUCCAUGGGAGCAAAAUAGACUUUCACAGGUGGAAGAAGGAUUGGGAGAGCCUCCAGAAACAAGGGGAGCCGACUGGAUCACCAGAGGUAAAGAAGAUCCAGCUGUUGGAGAGCGUCAGUGAUUCCAUUGCCAAGGAACUAAGACUGUCCACCUACACCACAGCAACAGAUAUCUUCAGGGUCCUCGAAAACAGGUACGGCAACAAAUCAACGAUCACAGUCGAAAUCUUGGAAGCGCUGGACAAGAUGGCACAAGUCAAGGGGAACCAGCCCAGGAAGGUCAUUGACCUAAUACAAGCUGUGGAGAAGGCCCUGGCUGACCUGACGGAGCUAGGAAACUCUGGAGCCAUCAGAAACCCCCUCGUCAUCAGGUCGAUUGAAAGCAAGUUACCAGAUUUCAUAAAAAGAGACUGGCUGAUGUAUAUGGUUGAGCCCACCAACCGUGUAACCCCAGACAACCAUUUUGAUAUGCUCCUAAAGUUCCUAAAGAGCCAGGAGGAAAUACUGGAACGACUCGAGCAACUAAAGCUGGUGGACAAAGCGGAAGAAGCAGACAGGAAGAAGCCAGAAAGAAAGUUUGCAUCUACCAGGGCUACGAGUAAAGAUGGUGACGAGGUCUGUGGCAUUUGUGGUGGUGGUGGGCACACCAACAAGAUCUACUUUUGCAAGAAGUUUAAAGGCUUGAAGCUACAUGAGAAGAAAAUGGCCCUGAAGAAGCUGGGAGCGUGCAGGAAGUGUCUUGGGUAUCACGACGCAGGUGGCUACUGCAGAGACACCUUCCUAUGCGGAAACCAAGACUGCAAAAGGGCAAGCGGCACACCUGACCACCACUACUUCCUAUGCCCAACAGCAGAGGCCAGAAGAGAAGGAAGCAAAGGUGCAAAAGGAGGAAAAGAAGGAAAAGGUAAAUUCACUGAGGAACAGGAGGCCUUCUUGUCACAACUUGCCCCAGAACUGGCAGUGAAGGGCAGAAAGGCAUUCUCAAACCGAGCCUCAAUGACUCUCAAAUCAGCGGGCCAGUCUGAACUGCUGAAGGAAACUGGGCUGGCUGAGUUACCAGUGAUGAUGAUGUUGAUGAUGGUCACAGCUAACGCAGGUCAGAAGAUUGGCACACUUAUAGACCUGGCAUCCGACACAAAUUACAUCACUCACAAAGCUGCCGAAAGACUUGGCCUGAGAAGUGAAGACAUAGCGCUGGUCGUACAUGGAGUUGGAGGCAUGACAAUGAAAGUCAGGACGAAAAGGUACCUCCUGAAGGUCCGAGUCAAGACUCCCAAGGGGACUGAGCGAGCACAUCAACUGGUCUGCUAUGGCCUGGAGCAAAUUGCAAAGGUCCAUCAAGCAACUGAACCCGAAAAGUUGAAAAGCUUCUUCCCAGAUGUCCAGCUUGAGGAGUUAGAAAGACCAGAGGUAGUCGAGCUCCUCAUAAGCCAUCGCGAGGGACGACUCGCACCCCAAAGACUAAAAGUCAUCGGUGACCUUGUCCUAUGGGAGAGCCCCCUGGGCAAAACAGUCGGUGGAGCACACCCUGACUUGCUCGAAGAAGUGGAGGUGGCAGCAUAUGAGUCAAGAACCCACUUUGCCCGCUCCAUGAGAACCGCUGCUGUCCGAUACCAAGAGAUCACAGUCCCAGCGUCUGAGCCAGGCCGGCUACAGCAGGACGAUGUGGCCCACGCAACUACAUCUGCCAGUAACCGUGAAUUUCUUGAUUGGUGGCACUGGGACAGCAUCGGAGCUGCAUGUGAGCCGAAAUGUGGAAGCUGCCGGUGUGGAAACUGUCCUCCAGGAGGAAAGGACAUGACCCUGGCGGAGGAGAGGGAGUUUGAGAUCAUUAAAGGAGGACUCACCUACAAGAUGGAGGACUCUCACUCCUCAACUCCACACUGGGAUGCCAAAUAUCCCUGGACUGAAAAUCCAGCCUCUCUCCCCAACAACAAAAGAGCAGUCCAAGCUUGCUUCUUGAGAAUGGAAAAGCAACUGAGCAAAGACCCAGACUGGAAAGUUGCAUAUUCCACCCAGAUCCAUGAAAUGGUCCAAAGAGGCGCAGCCAUAAAACUCACCAAUGAAGUCAUGGAGAAGUGGAAAGGACCAGUUUGGUAUGUCAGCCACUUGGUGGCGCCAAAUCCCCAUUCAGUGACUACACCAGUUCGUAUUGUCUGGAACAGCAGCCAAAAAUACAACGGAGUGAGCAUGAAUGAUCUUCUCCUAAAAGGACCAGAUGUUCUCAACCCCAUCAGAGCUGUCCUGCUCCGAUUCAGAGAAGGAGUGAACGCAGCUCUGGGCGACAUCAGAAAGAUGUUCCUGUGGAGAGACAGCCCAGAAGAGGAAAUCAGUGAGUAUGCCGUCACCAGAGUCAAUAUGGGCGACAAACCUGCUGGCUGCAUUGCUCAAUUGGCCAUGAGGGAAACUGCAAGUCUGCCCAACUUCACUCACCUGCAGGAUGAACGCAGAGUCAUUGAAGAAGACAGCUACGUGGAUGACCUGUUGACCUCCCACAAUGACCUGAACAGACUUGACCAAAUCACAGCUGGAGUUGAAGAGGUCCUAAAGGCUGGAGGCUUCUUCCUCAAACCAUGGGUCAGGUCAGGGCAAAGUGGGAGGAAAGAAACUGAAGCGGAUGUCCUAAAGCCAGAGCAAGGAAACACCUUGAUUCUUCCAAACCAAAUAAGAGAAGGAGAGAACAAAGCCCUGGGCAUCGGCUACCAGGUGGACAAAGACAAACUGUACAUACUGACGGCGGUUAACUUUUCCAAUAGGAAGAAAAAGAUGAGAGUUGGCAAAGAUCUUCUUGAAGAGGAGGUGAGAGCUGAAACGCCUAACCCACUGACGAGGAGAGCUCUCCUAAGCCAAGUUGCUGCACUGUACGACCCAAUCGGCCUAGUUGCACCGGUCAAGCAGAAGGGAGCAAUUCUCGUCCGUAAAGCAUUCCAAGAAGGAGGGGGUGGCAAGCUGACCCAAGAAACCUGGGAUCAACCUCUUUCAGAAAGACUCAGGGAAGAAGCCAUACAGCUCUUCGAGGAAUAUGCCCAGCUUGGACAGGUGAAAUUCCACAGGAGCCUCACACCGCCCGACUGGAAAGGGAAACCCUACGGCAUCACAUUUUCUGACGGAAGUGACAAAACCUAUGGUGCUGUGAUGUACGUCAGAUGGGAGACAAGUCACGGAACUGAAGUUCGAUUCGUGGAAGCAAAGGCCAAACUGACACCCCUGGACCAAAAGGGAGAUGCUGUAAAAGCAGAAAUCUGUGGCGCAGUCUUUGCUGCCAGAAUUCGGAAGUACGUGGAGAAACAUGCCCGUAUGAAGAUUGAGAAAUGGUUCCACCUACUGGACAGUCAAACAGUCCUCGGGGCCAUCCAACGAGAAUCGUACGGAUACCAAACCUUCUUCGCCAACAGAGUGGGCGAAAUCCAGAUGUCCGGGCCAGUGCAAGACUGGUGGUGGACCAGAGGAGAUCUGAACAUUGCUGACUUAAUAACAGGAGGAGGCAAUCCCAAAGACUUAAAUGAGGAAUCCACAUGGCAAAACGGACCAGAGUUCCUGAAGUGGCCAGUGGAGGAGUGGCCUAUUCAGUCAGCUGGAGAAGUUGCAGCCCAGGCCAGGGAGAGUGUAAACAAGCUUCAAAGAAAGGCAUUCUCUGCUGCACUGACCAGAGCUCAAGCUAAGAUGAGUCGGCAAAAAGAAGACCCACUGGCCACUCCGGAAAAGGAAAGUCCCUGUGAAGAAUCGAAACCUAUUAUGCCAAGAAGAAAACCCACUAGCUGGGUGAAACAUCUUGUGGUUGUAAAAAGGUUCAGUAGCCUGACAAAACUGAUCAGAGUUGUUGCCUGGACACGACGAGCUGCCGAGCAGUGGCUGAAGAGGAGGUCGAACCCAGGACAACCAAAGUGGGAGGCAACACCCAAGCAGGCUGGAUUGGCUGGCACUGAACUAGAAGGUGCACGUGAAGACGUCUUCCUCGCAGCUCAAGAAGGGAGGAUCCAGAUAUUUAACGAAGAUGAGACAGCCGUGCCAGUCUUGCCAUUUGAAGCAUGGGUGUCAACAUUGCUGGCACAAGAAUCCCAUGACGCUAACCACGAGGGGGUAGCAGGAACCCUUCUACGGAUGAGGAAGACAGCGUGGAUAAUAAAGGGCCGGAGAAUUGCCAAGAAAGUAGUUGACAGCUGCAUAGUUUGCAGAAAGAACAGAGCAAAGAAGUGUCAACAAAUCAUGGCAGACUUACCUCCAGAGCGAACCACCCCAGCUGCUCCUUUUGAAUUCACAACCAUGGACCUAUUCGGCCCUUAUGAAGUGAAGGAUGAAGUCAAGAAAAGAACCAGACUGAAAGUGUGGGGAAUCGUCUUCAGUUGCAUGGCCUCCCGUGCCAUACACACUGAACUAGUGAGUGACCAGUCAUCCCAAGGCUUCCUCCUCGCCUAUCAGAGGUUCACGUCACUCAGAGGACAUCCCAGGAAGCUCUGGUCAGACCCCGGCACAAAUUUUGUGGGCGCCAAACCUGCUCUGGAACAGCUGUACACAUUCCUUGACCGACUGGACAAGUCUCAAGUCGAAGACAUGGCUGCCAACCAUGGAACAGAAUGGUCCUGGAAGAUCCACCCUGCGGAUUCUCCCCACAGAAAUGGUGCUGCAGAAGCGGCUGUCAGAGUGGUCAAACGGGCCCUGACCAAUGUCGGCGGAGAUGGUGUCUUCACCUGGGGUGAAUUUCAAACCUUCCUCUACAUGGCUGCCAACCUUGCAAAUGAGCGACCAAUCGAUGCAAGAACUCAAAGCAGGGAAGACUGUGUGGAAUACAUCACCCCGAACUCUCUGCUCCUAGGGCGUGCCAACCCUAAGGGAGAUCCUGGAGACUUCCAGUUUGAUCGCUAUCCUUAUAAAAGACUGCAAGUAAUUCAAGCUGAAGUCACCAAAUUCUGGAAGAAAUGGAGCCAACUAGCUGGACCCAACCUCUUCAUAAGAAACAAAUGGCACACCAAAGAGCGAAAUGUUUCUGUCGGAGAUGUGGUCUGGUUGGCUGACCAAAAUGCCCUGAGAGGACAGUACAAGCUGGCCAGAGUAGUCAGAGCCAAUACGGACAGCAAAGGCAUCGUAAGAGACGUGCUUGUGAGGACCUUUCCCAGCUAUCCUGUCCCCAUCAAGAAGACAAGCGACAAAGAAAAACCGACCACGAAAACCAAGAGGCUCAGACAUCAAAUCCCAGCAACAAUCCUGCAUAGGGAUGUCAGACGCCUCAUCAUUCUAAUUCCCAUUGAAGAACAAAGGAAAGAAGGACCUGUGUGACCCCAUUGGGUUUUGAAAACCAUGAGGGCCAAGUGGGAGGUGUGGAGUUGAAAC